AUGGCUCACCCAGCUGAUGUCCUGACUCUGCCUAAGGGUCCGCACUCUCGUCCUGCGCUCGACCCGUCUGCUUCCACGGGUGCUGAUAACUCCAACGGGCUUCAGGCUCCUGUAAUCAAUGACAAGGACAAGUCAGCCUCUUCAGCCGCUAACGGAUCUGGGCUAACUGCUGCUGACAAGGUCAACAUUCGCUCGGUUGGACUCACUGUUGAUGAUGACUUUAUCAAUGACGACUCUGAUAAUGAGAUGGCUAUUGAUCUGGUUGAGGAAGCAGGCUCCGGUUUGCAUGACGCGAUACCCAGAAAGCCUAGGGCGUGUGGGCGGGGAAAGUGCUUUGCCAUUGUAUACCACCACCAGACCGUCCUCAUCGUCCCCCCGCUCUCAUGCCGUUUGCAUUCGGCUCGUCGCACACCGACGCUCGUCGCUCAACCAACCCCCGCGCUCACCUGCGAUCUUAGGGAACCCGCGCUCACGGCUCGUCCGCACUCGAAAUCUCAUACGCGCUCCUCGCUCAUCCGCGCGCGAAAUGUCAUACGCGCCCGUCGCUCAUCCGCGCCCGAAAUCUCAUCCGCGCACCUCGCGCAUCCGCGCUCGUCUCUCAUCCGGUCUGGCCCACAAUCCGCGCUCGUCUCUCAUCCGGACUGUCCCACAAUCCGCGCUCGUCUCUCAUCCGCUGUCGUAUUAG